AUGUCCAGUCAUUGUCUCACUAUGAAGAACAACGCAAUGCUUGAGAAUAGGCAGAACAUCAAGAUUAUUCUUCUGAAGUUACACGACGUUCGCUCCUCAACUGGUGCCGCACUUGAACAGCACGAAACCCAUGCCCACCGGCAGCUCGAUGCGGCCGAUACAUUUGAUUUGCUGACAGAUGCACCACUUCUAGAACAUCACUUGACAAAUUCCAGAGAGAGAGUUGGACCAAGCUUGUACCGCUCGGCCCUGGAGUUCAUUACAACUUUUUCUCCGCAUGAUGCGUCGGACAAGAUUGUGCAAUUGCGCUCAUCGUGUGGCCAGGCCUUGUUCGAUAAGUGCAAAAUGACGACAUCGAUCUUUUCGGGGUAUAACCGGAAGGACCCUCCCCAAUUCUAUCACCAAUUGCGUCCCGUUUCAGCUGUAACUGCCAGCUGUACGCCGAUGCGCAGCAGAACGGCUCAAGCGGCGUGCGAUCGCGUCCCCAUACACGCCGUCUUCAGUUGUCGAUUGAAAAGAAAGGGCAUCGCGUGUGCUAACAAGAACUACAAUUCAAUUUAUAAGUCCACGAUGCCGAAGUAG